AUGGUUGUGAUCAAAAACUUGAUCGCCUUUGAAGAUGAAGCUGGCAACAGAUUCUUCUCGAAUGUGGAGUCGCUGGAAACAGCGCGUGGCACCUCAGUCAAAGCAUUCGCUUCAUUCGAUGACUUGACGAAGGAUGAGAACGGAAAGAACGCAACUGUCGCAAAGCUAUUGCCUCCUCUCCCAGACAUCAAUCUUCCGAUUUACUGCGUGGGGCUGAAUUAUGGAAGCCAUGCGAAAGAGGCUAAGCUCAACGUUCCGGCCAAUCCUCCAGUAUGGACGAAGCCCAGUGCAGCAUUGGCAAGCCCAGGGUCUUCCAUUCCGAUGAGUCGCUUUUGUGCCUCGCAUCUUCCAGACUGGGAGGGUGAAUUGGUCUUUGUCACUUCCCGCGAGGUUCGCGAUGUUAGCCCCGAGACAGCCUCAUCCUGCAUCCUUGGAUAUACAAUUGGAAAUGAUAUCUCAUGUCGAUUUUUCCAACUUCCCGAGCAGUCUGGCGGGCAGUUCUUUUAUGCGAAGGCCUUCGAUAAGUUUGCCCCUAUUGGCCCGGUGCUAGUGAGCCCGGCAAGCUUUGAAAAUAUGAAGAGUGCUCGUUUAAUUACUCGGAUCAACGGGGAGGUCAAGCAGAAUACUGUUAUUGAAGAAGACAUGAUUUUCAACCCCGCAAGAGUCCUCAGCUGGAUGAGUCAGAGCACGACCAUUCCUGCAUAUACAGCUGUGAUGACUGGAACGCCCUCCGGAGUCGGUGCCUUUCAAACCCCACGACAGUUCCUGAAGAAUGGAGAUGUGGUUGAAAUUGAAAUCUGUGGGAUUGGGAUCCUGAGAAAUGAUAUCUUGUUUGAGGAUGGUCAAGACUCAAUGAUGUGA